GUAAAGACACAGAGUUUCCAAACUCAGAAUAAGCUGAUUUUCAUCGUUUUUUCGAUCCCUAGUUGUUUGAAACUCACCUUUUUGCCAAAAUGAGUCUCAUGGCGAGCAUGGCGAAGUAUGAGGGGCUAGAGAGUAACAAAGCCCAGCAAAGAAUAACCCAGAGAAUAAAGAAAGACGAAAUGUAUGCCAGUCGUCAGAGCACUGUCAGACAUGAGAAGGAAGUAAACCUGGUGUCGGAGUGGUCGGAGGGUCUGGAGGAGGCGAGUGAGGCCAGGAGGUACAAGGACGACCUCAAGAAGAUGAAGGAAGAGGUUCGGCUGGCAAACAGGGCGAUGGUGGCCGUCCGCAGAGCAGCACUGAAGAAGCUAAUCGAAGAGGAGCACAGAGCCCACGAACAGGAGCUACAUGCCAUGGGGAAGGCUUUCUACAUCAAGAGAACAUGAGCAGGGGAGGGGCUAAUAUGGGGGGAGGUGUCACAACAGAAUUAUUACAAAGGGCUUGGUAUAUAUAUAUAUACAUUGUACCAUCACAGAGAGUUAUUGGCACAACUGUUUAAGUGUCAUGAAAAAUUCAGCCGUCUUGUUACCACAAAGAUUGUCUUGAAGCUUUGUCAAAGGUUCCCUCUGUCACUGCCAACUUGACGUUAAACAUAUAUUUUUUAGCAGAGUCGGCAAAAUUUGUCGUUCACUUUCUGGAGUCUAAUCAGCUGUUUGCUGAUGAGAUAGAAAAUACCACUUGUAUAAUACACCUGUUUGCUAAGGCUAGAAUUGUGUAUUGUUUCUUCUCAUCUUCCAAAGCACCUGCUAGUAUAGUACAUAGGGCUGUAUCUCUUACGUAGAGGGCAGUUUCUUGUCUAUUGUUAUAUAUUAUAUUCAGUUCUUAAGAAUUAGGAGAAAAAAAAUAAAAAGCCUUCCAAACUUGUCUGGAGGAGUCUCAAGAAAUUCCAUGAGUAUUGACCCAUUUUAAGGAUCGGUAGUACUUUUGCAGACAAAAGUGAUCAAGGUUAACAAGAAUCUUCUAAUAACUCCAUACAAACCUGGACAAAUACAUGCAACAGACUGAGUGAAGACUUAGUGUUGGGCAACAUCAUCCUUUAUUACAAAUGCUGAAAUUCUUACAGUAAUACGCAUGAUCUGAUGUCAAAUUAGUAAAAAAAUAAAAGUAUUUUUCACAGCUGAA